AUGCCCGCCUCCAGCCUCGUUGACGUCAAGCACCAGCUCACGUUCUACGGUGCCUACCAUGACCAUCCGAUCAACGUCGUAAUUCAUAUGAUCUUCGUCCCUGCCAUCCUCUGGUCGGCUCUCAUCCUCGGCUCGCAUGCCCCCUGGCCCGAGUUCUUCCCGCAACUCCACCUCACCCUCAACGACUACUUCGCGUUCGACCUCAACUGGUCCGGCCUCUGGGUCGUCUUCGUCGGCCUCUACUACUACCUCCUCGAGCCCACCGCUGCCCUCAUCUACACGCCCGAGUGGCUCGUCAUCGGGCUCAACGCCGCCGCGUACGCGCGCAAGCCCGAGGGCCUCAAGAACGCGCUGCUUCUGCACGUCGCGUCCUGGGUCGCGCAGUUCUCGGGGCACUUCUUCGCGGAGGGCCGCUCGCCGGCGCUCCUCGAUAACCUGCUUGGGGCUCUGGUGCUCGCGCCGUUCUUCGUGCACCUCGAGAUCCUCUUCAAGCUCGGCUACAAGCCCCAGCUGCGCGAGAACAUCCAUCAGAGCGUCAAGCAGACGAUCGCGGACAUCAAGACGUCAGAGGCUCAGUCCAAGAAGAAGCAACUUUAA